GUGAUUGGCUCAUAUGAUGUGGUGUUGUAUUUGUUCACUGUAAUAGAUCUGUUUCUGAAAAAUGUUAUGAAGGAGGACAGACUGAUGUUGAGAGACCUAAAAGUGUGGGUAGAACAAUUUGAAAGAGACUUAGCCCGAGCACAGGUGGCAGAAACCAGCUUACAGGAAAAAUACCAGUCAUUUAAGCAUUUCAGAGUACAAUAUGAGGUAAAAAGGAAACAGAUUGAACUUGUGACUCAGUCAUUAAGGAAAGAUGGUAAAUUGUCACUUGAUCAAGCUAUGGUGAAGCAAGCGUGGGACAGAGUUUCUUCUAGGCUACUUGAUUGGCACAUACACCUUGAUAAAUCUCUUCCUGCACCUUUGGGUACCAUAGGUGCUUGGCUCUAUAGAGCAGAGGCUGCUCUGAGGGAGGAAAUAACUCUUCAGCAAGCUCACGAGGAAACAGCAAAUAUAAUACACCGUAAGCUUGAACAACAUAAGGAUCUGCUGAAAAACAUAGAUGGUCACAAAAAGGCAUUCCAUGAGAUCCACGGGGCCAGGUCUGUUAACGGAGUGCCUGUUCCACCUGACCAAUUAGAGGAUAUGGCAGAGAGGUUUAAUUUUGUUGUCUCUUCGUCUGAGCUCCAUCUGUUGAAGAUGGAGUUUCUGGAACUGAAGUACCGUCUACUGUCACUCUUAGUCCUUGCAGAAUCAAAGUUAAAAUCAUGGAUUAUCAAAUAUGGAAGGCGAGAGUCAGUGGAACUGCUUCUUCAAAAUUACAUUUCUGUUAUUGAAAAUAGUAAGUUCUUUGAGCAGUAUGAAGUUACUUACCAGAUCUUGAAACGAGCAGCUGAAAUGUAUGCCAAAGCAAAUGGUUCAGUGGAAGAAGUUGAGAAUGUGAUGAAAUUCAUGAAUGAAACAACAGCACAAUGGAGGAACCUCUCAGUAGAGGUGAGAAGCGUAAGAAGCAUGUUGGAAGAAGUAAUUGCUAACUGGGACAGAUACAGCAGCACUGUGGCAGGUCUACAAGCUUGGCUGGAAGAUGCUGAAAAAAUGCUGAAUCAGCCUGAGCAUUCUAAAAAGGAUUUCUUCCGGCACUUACCUCAUUGGAUCCAACAGCACACAGCCAUGAAUGAUGCUGGUAAUUUUCUGAUUGAGACAUGUGAUGAGACCAUUUCCAGAGACCUUAAACAGCAACUUCUGUUACUAAAUGGAAGAUGGAGAGAAUUGUUUAUGCAAGUUAAGCAGUAUGCUCGAGCAGAUGAAUUGGACAAAAUGAGGAAGGAAUACUUGGAUGGUGUUGCCCAUUUGACAGCUUUUAUUGAUGGAAGCAAUAGGAAAUUUUCAGUCCCUGUAGAAGUGUCCUUCCUUGAUGUCAAAAUGUUUGUACAAGAUUUAGAA